ACCAUCUCUGUAUCUGGACACACAAAACACACGCAGUACAAACGCACAUUGAGGCUGAGGUUGAGAGAGUGAGUGAAGGGGUGUGAUGGCGUCCGUGGUGAACAAGCCGUUUACUUCUUUCUGCGCCGCCAACAAGUCCGACCUCCGCUCGCCGGAAUUAUUCGUUGGCAAACGCUGCCGUAUCCGAGGCAGGAGGUCUGGCAAUAGUGUUAGAAUUGCCACCAAUGCUGUUGUUAGUAGAAAGAAUCACGAUAGUGACUGUGGGAUUGUGUGUAAGGCUCUCUCCGUGGAGCCACAGACGGAGAUUGAAGGCCUUAACAUCGCCGAAGAUGUUACUCAGCUCAUUGGGAAGACACCGAUGGUUUACUUGAAUAAUAUUGUAAAAGGUUGUGUUGCAAAUAUAGCAGCAAAGCUUGAGAUUAUGGAGCCGUGUUGCAGUGUCAAAGAUAGGAUAGGGUACAGUAUGAUCACUGAUGCUGAGCAGAAAGGGCUUAUAACUCCAGGGAAGAGUGUAUUGGUUGAACCUACAAGUGGAAAUACGGGAAUUGGCCUUGCAUUUAUUGCUGCUUCAAAAGGCUACAAGCUCAUCUUAACAAUGCCUGCGUCCAUGAGUCUUGAGAGAAGGGUUCUCUUGAAAGCUUUUGGAGCUGAACUAGUUUUAACUGACGCAGCCAAAGGCAUGAAAGGAGCUGUCCAAAAGGCAGAAGAAAUAGUGAAUAGCACCCAGAACGCAUACAUGCUUCAACAAUUUGACAACCCUGCAAAUCCCAAGAUUCACUAUGAAACCACCGGCCCUGAGAUUUGGGAAGAUACAAAAGGCAAGGUGGACAUCCUUGUUGCUGGGAUUGGCACUGGUGGAACCAUUUCAGGGGUUGGUCGUUAUCUCAAAAAAUAUAAUCCUAAUAUAAAGGUUAUUGGCGUGGAACCCACUGAAAGCAACAUACUAUCAGGUGGAAAACCUGGCCCUCACAAAAUUCAAGGGAUUGGAGCAGGUUUUAUUCCGAAGAAUUUAGAUCAAGAUGUGAUGGAUGAAGUUAUAGAGAUAUCAAGUGAUGAAGCUGUAGAGACUGCGAAGCAAUUAGCUCUUCAAGAGGGCCUGCUGGUGGGUAUUUCUUCAGGAGCAGCAGCAGCUGCUGCUAUUAAGGUUGGAAAGAGACCUGAAAAUGCUGGAAAGCUUAUAGCGGUUGUGUUCCCUAGCUUCGGGGAACGAUACUUAUCCACAGUCCUCUUCCAGUCAAUAAGGGAAGAAUGUGAGAAGAUGCAACCUGAAGUGUGAAUACAACAAUCCUUGUCUGGCUAUCUACUUGUCUUUAUAUAAAUAAUGAUAUUAGGACUUCUGCUGUUGCAAUUUUAUCGAACAUUCCCAUAGUUAUCACAGAUAGACAUGAGGAGUCGUCUGUGUAUGCAAACAGAGUUGAUUUGAGUGUGUUGUAGCUGAAGUGCUGAAAGCGGUAGUUCCACUUUGCUGAGUUAUUCUUAAGAAAAACGGUGUUAACGAUGUUGUUUUUGUGGUAUGGAGAAAAUUAUGCUUGUUUCACAGGA